AUGGAUGAAGUAUAUGAGCCGCGAUACACAUUCAGAGUGAGCCAACCAACUGAUGUGAUCUUCCCUGCAAAUAUGCCAUCAGAUGGGUUUUUCAUACAGUUCAUGGUUGAUGAUAGGUACGAGAACCUUUACUAUUCCUCAGUUGAAAAUCUUUGGAAGUUCUAUAACAUCACCCCAGGUCCUGUGCAUACAAAUAUAGCGUUUCUCACCUCUCGUGAGCAACUUGCAUCAGAGAAUAGUGAUUGGGAAUAUAUUUCCAACAUGUUACUGCAAGCGAGCAUCCCCAUUCAUGUACACACAGCCAUAAUACCACAAAUUGAUGAAUGUGCAAUCUCCAUGGCUAAUGGACUUGCUAAUGCAAGUCCAAAGCUCCUGCCAAUUCUAGUAGAAAUUACCAAAUGGAGUUCUGUUGAUAUUACUCCAUAUUUAGUAGCAGAAGACUAUGAUAUCCGCGAUGCUAAUGUUUUGGAUAUGGAGGAUUAUCUAUUGCUAGCCCAAGUCCAAAGUAUUUCGAUGGAUGAAAAUGAUCAGCCAAGGCCUGCUUCAGCUACCAGAAAAAUCACAAGUGGAAUGUUGAAGAAGGUAAAGAUUGAGGCUGCUGAUAGGACUGAAGCUUGUGUAAUUUGUCUCGAAGAAUUCCCUAAUGGCUUGGAAGUAACUCAAACGCCAUGCAAGCAUGUGUUUCAUGGAGAAUGCAUUCUUCAAUGGUUGAAUUAUGGAAGCUGGUGUCCCUUAUGCCGAUCUGAGAUUCCUACUGAUCCUCCUACCAACUAA